GGCAGAGAGCCGCACUGCACACACUGACGAGCCUGGUCGGGGCGAGGCGGCGAUCCAAGUGUGGCCCUCAUCUAUUAUCGCUAUGGGAAUUACCACAGCGUCCUGUUUGAACCAAGCCCUCAUCCCGUACUAUCUGAAACCGGUCCACCUGGAGACACAGACUAUAAAACACUGCAGUUGAGACUGACGCCGCAUCAGAGCCCGGCUCAGCUUCUCUCCUCCGGUAAGCUGAGGAGGAGGAUGACGAUGAGAAACAUCUAGAGAUGAGAAGUGUUUCUCCGGCAGACAACUUGGGCAAGGACGUCUGCUUGAUCCGCAUCAUCUGUAUUUUCUAAACCAAGGACGAUGCCUGCCAUGUGUGUGUCCGCAGUGCUCUUAUAUACAGUGGUAGCUGACAUCUCAGCCCGGGUUUUGACCACAACCAGCCCGGCUUUCCAGCAAGCCCUCUCUCCCCGCCACUAUCAGCACACCGACCCCGACUCAGGCACCCAGCUUGUCUGCGACAAGUGCCCGGCAGGCACCUACGUGUCCGUCCACUGUUCCCCCACAGCUGUGAGGGAGUGCAGUCCUUGUCCCGAAGGCACCUUCACACGGGGUGAGAAUGGGGUCCAGCAGUGCCAUCGCUGUCGGGCUCCGUGUCCUGCAGGCUUUGUUGAGAAAACGCCCUGCACAGCCACCCAGGACCGCAUCUGCACUUGUCCACCCAACAGCUUCUUGUUGGCGGAUAGCGGCACAGAGUGUAAGCCCCACUCUCUAUGCCCUCCUGGGACACGGGUGAAAAAGCGCGGCAGUGAAACAGAGGAUGUGCUCUGUAAACCAUGCACCAAGGGGACUUUUUCAGACGUGGAGUCGAGUGCUAUGAAGUGCCGAACCCACAUGGACUGCCAAGCCCGGGGGCUGGUGCUGCUCACACCAGGGACUAGAGAGACAGAUAAUGUCUGUGGACCCUCUCCUACAGCCCUGUCCUCCUCUUCAACCUCAUCUGUCUCUACAGCCUUCGCGUUGGGGCCUGUGCAAGCUGUGCUUGUACAGGAAGCUCCAACUUCUUCAUCUUCUCCAUUAUUGUCACCGACUGGAGCUGCACAUAAAGGUACCAACAGUCAGUCAGCAGCCAUUCAACUGAGGGAUAGCCCAGGUGAAGAAGACCACCGUGGAAGGGGGUUCCUCCGUAGCCGGCCUGGCACUACCGCCUCACCUAACCUUGAUCCCCCAAGGACUCCACCGCCCUCAGCUCACAAGCAACAGCAGGGGCAACUCAAUUCUGACCCUGUGCCAGGGCCCAACAAAAGGGCAAUGGAGGGUCUUGAGGGUGCAGAGGCAGUCAAAGUUAGGACAGGUAUCAGCAAGGUAGCUGAGCAAGGCAGCGGAGCAGGCGGAGGUGGGGUCUCCAGCUACUACAGGCCCACUCGCAGGGGGUCCCCAAGGCCAAGUACUCAUAAUCACUUUGACAUCAACGAGCACCUGCCCUGGAUGAUCGUGCUGUUGCUCCUGCUGGUUUUGGUGGUAAUUGUGGUGUGUAGUGUGAAGCGGAGCUCUCGGGUCUUGAAGAAGGGCCCAAUGCAGGACCCCAGCAGCAUCAUGGAGAAGGCAAUUCAGAAGAAACCAUCUGCCCCUCCAACGCAAGUCAAAGAGAAGUGGAUCUACUACUCCAACGGACAGGGCGUGGAUAUCCUGAGGCUGGUGGCGGCUCACGUGGGCACCCAGUGGAUCGACAUCUAUCAGUCGCUGGCUAAUGCCACCGAGCGUGAGGUGGCAGCCUUCUCCAACGGCUACUCCUCGGAUCACGAACGGGCGUACGCCGCCCUGCAGCACUGGACCAUCCGAGACAGCGACGCCAACCUGGCCAAGCUGAUCAACGCCCUGCACCGACAGCGCCGCAUCGAUGUGGUGGAAAAGAUCCGCUGUGUCAUGGAGGACAACCCACAGUUUGACAUCAACCAGCUGAUGACCUCAGUGAAUGUAAGCCAAAGCCUCAGUCCCAUCCACAAGGCGCUGGAGUCUCCCAGCAGUGUCGGUGGCGGCAGCAACAGUGGCAGCAGCAGUGGUGGCAGUGUGGGCGGGGCCAGUGGCGUGGGUGUGGAGCAGUCGCCGGUGGACCGCACCAAAGGCUUCUUCCCCGACGAAUCGGAGCCUCUGCUGCGCUGCGACUCCACCUCCAGCAAAGACUCCGCCCUCAGCAGGAACGGCUCCUUCAUUACCAAAGAGAAGAAAGACACUGUGCUCCGGCAGGUGCGUCUGGACCCCUGCGACCUGCAGCCCAUCUUUGACGACAUGCUGCACAUCCUGAACCCAGAAGAGCUGCACGUUAUCGAGGAGAUCCCGGCCGCUGAGGACAAGCUGGAUCAGCUUUUUGAGAUUGCGGGAGUGAAGAGUCAGGAGGCCAGCCAGACGCUGCUGGACUCGGUCUACAGCCACCUGCCUGACCUGUUAUAGUGGAGAAAGGAGGGAGAAACCACACAGACGAGGAUCAGCACAGGAUUAAAAAGAGAAUGUCUAAGUAGGAAGGAUGAGUCAGAUGUGGUCUUGUUCAAAUUAAGCUUGGUUUGAUAUUUGAUCUGAUAGAGUCUGACUCAUUGUGCCAUUUUGUCACAUGAUUUUUCCUGGGUAUUGUAGGUGAGGUGGCUACUCCCUUCAGUGACUCUUUCAGAUCUUUACUGGUACUUAACUCCUAUUUACCCUCUAAUCCCCCUCUUCUGUUGUCUUGUGUGUACACACUAUUACUCCUCCAAAACUCCCCCCAUCCUCCUGAUACAGGGUCAACAAUCAGUGUAUUAAAAGCAUUUGAGCGUCAUGACGAGGAGUACUUUUUCCACUUUUCUGAAGUAUGUUCAGCCUUGUUUAGGGUGGUAUUACAUGAGUAUUGUGACCUUAACAAUGAGGCUUAAGAGCCUCUGAACCGGGUUGAUACAGAGGAGCUGAAUAUGUACUGACAUAAAAAGCACUUUCUUUAUCUUAACUGGCCAAUGCCUUCACGUUUAAAGGAUAAUACCGUUGUUUUUUGUUGGUUGUGCCAAUCAUUCAGGCUCCUCUUGCCUUUAACAUGAUUUCAGUGUUAAAAAACAACAUUUAAAAUAACAUGGCAGUCGUUGCUAAGCGAUUGUCAGGAAAGGAAAUUACACACAGACGCAUAGUAAAUAAGCUAUAACUCUAAAUGACACUGGUAUUAAUCUUUGGUUUUGAAGGAUUUAUGGUUCUUGUAAACCACAUUCACAGAUAUUUUGUCCAGGUGUGAAUUGACCCAUACAUCAUGUCCCUUUUCUCACCUCAUGAGACCUUGGUUUUUUUUUACUUCCCACUUCCUCUAGCUGCCUGUACCUGGAACAGAUCAUCUGUGGGUCUUUGCAUUUUAGCUUGUUUCCACUCUGCCAGACCAUCAGGCAGCAGCGUUAGAUUAAAGAGCUGCCCUGCUGCUCUGGAACAAAAGCCAUAUAUCAAAAACAUUGGAUUAAAUGUUAAAAUAAUCCAAUAUUAAAAUAUUGGAGUAAUAUUUACCUUAUCUAAUAUAAUGAUAUAUGGCUUUGCCUUGAACAGGAAUGGUACAGUGUUUGCUGCCCCACCCUGCUCCUAUGGAACCAAAGCCAUAUAUCUAAAACAGUUUAGAUACAUCGCUUUGGGAGCUCUGUCACUGUUGGACUCAGUUUUCAAUAACUACUUCUACCAGUACGCACAUUCAGAUCUCAAUAAGUGUAGCGCUGACGAAGCGUUCACAUCAGUGUGGGUUUUGAUCAGAUGCAAGUGUCUGAGUGAUUCAGUGCUACAGUAAAAAAAAAAAAAAAAAAAAAAGAAAGAACACAAGUGAUUUUUUUCAUGCAGAUGUAUGUUGCUACAUGCUCUAUGUAGUUAAUAUUAAAAUGUAAUAAUGAUGCACUAAUUCUAUUUUCUAUUGGAGAGGCUGACAUUUAUUUUCUGUCCUUCAUUUUCUCUUUCUCUAAUUCUGAAAUGCUGUUAACUAACAUUUGAUUCUGAUCUAAUGUUUUUUUUUAAUAUUUAGUUUGAUUUAUUAUGUUAUUGUAGCAUCUCUCUUUUUUUUUUUUUAGCAUUUUGACUUAUUAUUUGUAUCUCAUGUUUUCACGGGCAUUCAGAUGUUAUUUCUCCCCCUGCUUGGCAUUACAAGAUGACCUGGCUGGGAUGUAAGAUAUGCAUACUCUACUUGAAGUCUACUUGUGUUACUUGAUUUAAAUGAGCAAGAAAUAAUGUACUCUUUCAGUUCCUUCUGUGUUCAGCAUUCUUAAAAUAACAAUAAAACUGAGAAGCUCCACCAAAAAAAAAAAAAAAACUCAUCAAGGUUUCGAAGAUGUUUUUCCAGG